AUGGCUCACAGUGUGCACGACCAUUCACGACGAGCUCUGCCAGUGGCCCAGGCCACAGUCCUGGCUCUUCCUCCUUCAACACCCGCUAAAGACUUGAGGCCCAGAUGGACAGCCCUGGAGUCCCUGGUGUGUGGUGCGUUCGCUGGUGCUGUGGCCAAAACUGCUAUUGCUCCUCUGGAUAGGACUAAAAUUAUUUUUCAAGUGUCUUCGAAGCGAUUCUCAGCUAAGGAGGCGCUGCGACUCUUGUAUUGCACGUACAUGAAGGAUGGGUUCCUCGGUCUAUGGAGAGGAAACUCUGCUACUAUGGUGCGGGUCAUGCCCUAUGCUGCCAUCCAGUUCUGCUCACAUGAACAGUAUAAAAGACUUCUGGGCGGCUACUGUGGCUUACAGGGAAAAGCGCUUCCACCUUUUCCUCGCUUCUUAGCUGGCUCUAUGGCUGGUACCACUGCUGCUAUGCUCACCUACCCUCUCGACUUGGUGCGUGCUAGGAUGGCAGUCACAGCUAGAGAAAUGUACAGCAACAUUCUUCAUGUUUUUAUCCGAAUAUCUCAAGAAGAAGGUGUCAGAACUCUUUAUCGAGGCUUCACUCCCACAAUCCUUGGUGUGAUCCCAUAUGCUGGAAUUACAUUUUUCACAUAUGAGACCCUGAAAAAGCUACACACAGAAAAGACCAGAAGAUCUCAGCCAUAUCCACACGAGCGAUUGGCCUUUGGAGCGUGCGCAGGCUUGAUCGGUCAGUCGGCCUCAUAUCCGCUGGACAUAGUGCGGCGUCGUAUGCAGACAGCAGGGGUCACUGGAUCAUCUUACUGCACCAUACUGGGAACCAUGAGGGAGAUAGUGAAGCACGAGGGAGUAGUUCGUGGACUCUAUAAAGGCCUGAGCAUGAACUGGGUUAAAGGACCUAUUGCGGUGGGGAUUAGUUUCACCACCUUUGACAUAAUGCACAACCUCCUGCUAAAAAUGCACCACAUGGGUUACUUCACGCCCUGA